UCAUGGUUUGAGAUUGCUGAAGGAAUGUCAAAUGUCGCAAAUUUUCGUACUAAUUGAAUGUAAUUCAUGAUUCAAGUUAUGUUAUAAAAUAGCCUUUUAUAGCUUGUAAUUUUGUACAUAGAAUAGAAGUGACAGUAUGUGAAAAUGUCCGUUUAAUAUAUUUUUGUUCUAAUUAGUCUGAAAUUCAGAACGAUUUGCGGCUUACUUUAUGCAGUUGAUCAUAGGCGCGAAUUGGAACGUAUAUUGAUAUUAUCUCUGCAGUGGGGUUAAUUGGGGGUAAUUUGACUUUACUUAUGUAUGAAGAGGAUACGUAGUUCAUGCUUAUGCGUAUGAUGUUAUGUAGUAACUCCCCAGUUUACUACGAACAGUUGACACUGAGUGGAUAGUGAAGCAAUUUUUUCUUUUCAGUGCUGAAGACACCACGUGUAUUACGUAAUUUAUGGUUUCAACCUGUAGUCUUAACUAGUGUCAAAGCUGUAGCGGAUCAUCCUGGGUAAAAAUUUCGCAUUUGCCUGUGGGCGGUACUUAUUUCUUAAAUUAAAAUGAUGCGAAGAUCAAUGAAGAGGUGUUCGUCUUCCAUCAAAAGUGAAGUAAAACAUGGAGAAAAAAGAAGCUCAAAUUCGUUGAAAGGAAAGAAACCAAAAUUAGAGACAGAGGCAGAAAAGAAUGAUUCUAAAUCAUCAGAAAACACACAGGAGAAUGCCAUACACAAUAACAUACAACCAAAAGUUGAAUCAUCAGGCAGCUGUUCUGAUGAGUUCAUGCAUACCCCUGAUUUGUCAUAUUUGAAUUUGGAUAGGUUUCCUGAAAAAAAAGAAUUAACAUCAGAUUUUACUGCUAUAGAGAAUAAUAUCUUGACUGGUGUUACAUGUUUGAAUGAUUCUGAUGAUUCAGACUUUGAAAGUGUUCCAGAAAGUCAGUCAGUUUAUUUUCCUGUUAACCGUGAAGAGAGUAUAACAUCUGGCAAAACUGGUAGAAAAAAGAAAACAAUGAACAGUAAUAAGCGCAGAAUAAAAUCAAAGCAGAGGAAUACUUCUGAAGUAUCAACAGGAAAUUUGAACAUACCAGAUGAGGGAGUAAAGGUUUCAUUAGCACCUGAUAUAAAUGAAAUGGAUGUAUCUCAGUUACUGGCUUUGGGAGAAAGUUUAGGAACCAUAUCAAAAGUAAGCACAGCUGUUACAGACUGGGCACAUAAUUCAGCAUCAGAUUCAGAGAACAAUUUAUCAGAUUGGGAAGAAGUUAAAGGAUUAGAUGUGAAACCUACAGAACAUAUUAUACCCAAAGAAGGUAUUGAAGUGACACUAGAAGCGCCUGAUUUGUACAGGAAACGUAAGAAGAAAGGAUUUGAUAUGGAAGCCCACUUGAGGCGUCGACUUAACAGGAUGAAACGUGAGUUUCAAGUCCUAAUUCACAAAGUUCAUCUCCUGUGUUGGAUUGCUCAUGGUCAAUAUAUCAAUUCAGUACUCAAUUCCGAAGUUCUUAUGGCCCAAUCACUCUCUUUAAUUCCAUCACAACAUUGCUACCCAGCAAAACACACAAACCUGAGCUAUCUUGAGAAAAUUGUGGAAUGGUUUAGGAAAACUAUAACCAUUGCAGACAGAAUAGAUAAUGAAUCUCUAUUACCACACUGUGAAUCUUUACAGAAAUCAUUCCAAUCACGGACUGCACCUUCCGCACGUGAUUUGGUGUUUAUGUUUAUUUGCGUACUUAGAGCACUAGGUGUAAAAGCAAGAUUGUUGAUGUCACUACAGCCACUUCCAUUAAAACCUUCAGCUGAAGACAUGGUUGGCAUGAACAGAACAGAGAGAAACAAAGAGGAGGGUAUUGAUAUGAAAGUUGAGAAGAAUGAUACGAGGGAUACCAAUGAAGCAACAACUUCAAAAAAAUCAUCAAAAGAGGAAAAUAAGUUCUUGAAAGACAAGAAAUCAAAAACUGCAAUCAAGUUACAGGAUGAGAAGCAAGGGGAUGAUAAUCAUAAUCAUAAGAAUAAGAAAUCAAGCAAUUUAAAUUUGAAGACCAAAACUCCAGAUGUAAAGAAACGUAGGAAUGAUGCUGAUGUAUCAGAAGAAAAAAUGCAGAACCUGAAAAGAACACUUAGGGCACGUAAAGUAACACUAAACAUGUACAGAGACAAGUCUGAGUCUUCUGAUGAAGGUGAUACAUCAAAUCAAUACAUGAGGGUGGCAUGUAAAGAGCAGCAAAACCUGAAAAUCAGAAUCACUGGUGGCAGGCAUCCUCAUAGACCUGCUACUGAUGUUAGUACAAUAGGUCAGGAGGAAACCUUGUCAAAGGAGAGAGGAAGUGGUAGCAAGAAUGUUGGGGUUAAUAUAAACAAGAAAAGAAAUUUGUCUCAAAUUGCAUCUUCCCUCAGACAAGAUGAAGACAGUGACAGUGACUUUGUGCCAGAGGCUUCAGUGGAUCAUAAGUCUAGCAACUUGAAGAGGACAAAGUCAGGGGACUCCAGCAGUGAAAGUGAUGUUAAGUCAAAAAUGGUAAUGCAAAAGAAGGUGACUCAUAGAAAAGUACUGGAUAGAGGAGUGCUGGUAUCAGAUUCUGGGACAUCCACUGCUGGAAAAGGGACCCAGAAGAAGGAGAAGAAGAAGAAGGAUCGCUGUGAUGUUUGGAGUGAGGUGUUCCUUGAAGAGGAGGAGAAAUGGAUCAGUGUUGAUGUUCAGAGCGGCAAACUGCACUGCGUUGCAGAGUUGCACUCACGUGCUACACAACCAGUAACAUAUGUCCUAGCCUUCAACAAUGACCUUACGUUGAAGGAUGUGACAUGUCGGUAUUGCGUCCAGUUCUCGACAUUGACGAGGAAACUUCGUGUGGAUGAGAAGUGGUGGAAAGAAUCACUGAGUCCUUUCGUUUCUGCUCCUACUGCUCAUGAUAAGGAAGAAGAUGAGGAGCUAAACAGGCUAAUGCUAGAUCGCCCCAUGCCAACUACUUUGAAAGAGUUUAAAAAUCAUCCACUGUAUGUACUGAAGGAUGACUUGCUAAAGUUUGAGGCCUUAUACCCUCCAGAUGCUCCACCUCUUGGGUUUGUGAGGGGGAAACCUAUAUAUGCAAGGGAAUGUGUUCAUGUUCUUCAUUCAAGGGAGAUUUGGUUGAAAGAAGCCAAAGUUGUUCGACUGGGAGAAACACCGUACAAGAUUGUGAAAGCUAGGCCCAAGUAUGACAAGAUGACGGGGCAGUUCGUCAAAGAUCUGCCUCUAGAGGUGUUUGGCUCAUGGCAGGUGGAAGAUUAUGUUCCCCCUCCUGCUGUAGAUGGGAAGGUUCCUAGAAAUGAAUAUGGAAAUGUGGAGUUGUAUAAACCCUGUAUGCUACCCAGAGGCACUGUCCAUCUUCAGGUUCCUGGUUUGAACCGUGUGGCACGCAAACUAGGAAUUGACUGUGCACCUGCUGUGAUUGGAUUCGAUUUCCAUUGUGGUGGAAGUCACCCAGUUCUUGAUGGUUUUGUUGUCUGUGAGGAGUACAAGGAUACAUUACUUGAUGCUUGGACCCAGGAACAAGAUGAAGCUGAGAAACGUCAACGGGAGAAGUUAGAAAAGCGAGUGUAUGGCAAUUGGCGACUCCUUAUCAAGGGCCUCCUGAUCAGAGAGAGAUUGAAGAAGCGAUACUCCUUUAGUGAUGAAGCAGGACCUUCAGAAUCCAGAAAUAUCAGUAGUAGAAAACAGAGCACAAAACUUUCUGGGAAAAGUAGAAGCCGAAAAGGAAAACAAAAAACUGCACACGAUAGAUGUAAGGCUGAAAGUGAGGAGGAAGACAGUGAUGAUGAUAAUGAAAGUGAUAAGGACUGGGAUUUAUAUGUGCAAUAAUGUCAAGUCUUUUACAUUGUAGCUGUUAUUAAUAAUUAGGUAUCAGUUUUGAGCAGUUGUAUUUUAUGUAUACUUUUUAUAAUGUAAUUAAGGUGUUGUUAUCACAUAUCCACCUACUAGAGACAGUAGAUAUUCAUGUUUCUGAAUAUCAAAUUUGAAUUUUUUUCAUUUUUGUGCUAAGAUGUAAACUGUUUAUGAUGUUACAGAAUAAUAUUGCCAUGCCUAAAUGCAAUAUUGUUCUGAAUCUUGUACAGUCUACAUAGUACUACACUCAGAAGACAAAAACAAAUUCUGGGUGAACCUUUGGUCCAUACUGUUCCCAUUGUAAUUUCUUUUGAUCUCUCUGUCACAUUCUAAAUCUUACUACAUUUCUCUUUGUGUAGAAUAUAUUGAAAAGUCUUAUUUUGAAUGCUGUAUGCUAUUCUGUCUAAAUUAUUUAACCAGUUAGUUAUAUAAUCUUUUGAGUUUUUGAGUCAAUGCACAUCCAUAAUUCUUUCAUGAUAUCAGCAUAUCUGUUUUGGUCCCAAAGCAAGACUCAUGCCAUGGAUCUCAGAAAACUAAUUUUUACUGAUCCCAGUCUUCCUUUUAUCUUUCAUUAUCCAUGCCUAGAUUUCUGAUGUAUUAGUAAAGCUACUAAAUAUUGCAAAUUAAUGAUUUAAUUUGCAGGGGGUUGUCUGAGGUGCAACUUCUUGCGAUGUUCAUAGACUGGUUGUGUUCUACAUUGUCAUGUAGUAUUAUUAUGUCCUCUAUGACAUGUUCCGACCUUAUAAGGUCAUCAUCAGGUAGAUUAUUUAUGUAGUUGCUGCACUGUACUGCUUUUAGUUCAUUGUUUAAAACAUUAAAAUUUGGUUAAGAUCUAAUGAUUGGUGAAUUCUGUUAAAAUUAAUUAAGACUGACUUUUUAUAUUGCUAGCACUCUAAAGUGUAGUGUUGGCUUGACAUGGAGUUUUGUUAUGGCAUUGAGUAUUUGUGCUGGGUAUGAAGUUGUUGAUGUUCUGUAUCAUGUAAUAUUGCAUGGUUUUCAUAGAUGGUGAAUGGUUACUAUGUAAAUAAUCAACCUCAUGAGGCUGAAACAUACUGCAGAAGAAAGAACAUGACAAUGUAGCACACCACCAGUCUACAAAGAGGACAAGAAAUUGCACCUUUAGAACUGUCCUUGUCAAUUAAUUGUGAACCUGUUCAGCAGGAUGCUGAAAUACUGUUACAAAUUGAUGCUUUUAAAACUUAAUGACCUGUUUGAGACUCAAGUAUUAUCAUUUUGGAACUUAUCAGUUGAAUUCUAAUGAUUGUCAUCAGGUCCCAGUCCAGAAACCUCUGUCGCUUAUUCAAGAUGCAAGGCUACUCGUGGGAUAACUGAAAUGAUUCACAUCAGAUUGUGACUGGCAAAUGCAUCAUGUUCCAUGUCCCCAGACUUCCACUUUGAGAACAUCAUGCCGCAUGCUCUUUAUGCCUCUUCACCCUGAAUAUGACAUCUGCAUAGUACUUCAGAACACUGAAACAGCAUCAGUACAGGAUGCAGCCAAACUUACUUAUGAGUUUAUACUUGGUUUGCCAGAAAUAAUACAGUAGGAGAAAAAUGCCUAAUACUAGGUUCACAUAAAUACAAUUUGAGAUUCUUGUGGCAGGGACUACGUAAGAGUUCUAUCUUCUGCAACAUAAUGCCACAUAAUAUAGUAGAAGUUCACCAAAGUUCCUCCAAAACAUUGAUAAAUUUCUACCAGACUACAUGGCAUGACAUCCCAGAAGAUUUCUAUUCUUCAUAAUCCCUCCUAUGAAAUUUUCAAAUCUCAUACAAGCUCUCUAAUUCGUAUGUACUUUCCAGUUGAUACAUUGUAACAUAAUAUGGAUAACAUAUACCUUAAGCCAACAUGUAUAUAACCCAGGCAUAGGCAAAUAUCAGGAUAGUUCAUCAGUUAGGUGACAACCAUUUUCUUCUGAAUCUAUUUCACUUCAUUAGUCAUCCUACCAUUAAAUACAACCUAUGCUAGAUACUGACAGCAUUGUGAAAUAAACCACUAGAAAAUAUUAACGCAACCAAGUGAAAAUUCACACAGAUUUUGCCCCAGUGAUUUAGAUUUCCUACCUCAUCUUUUAUGGGGCACGCAGUAACAUAGUUCAUUGAUGCACUAUGCUACAAGACAGAAGGUCACUGGUUCCAAGUCCCGAUGAGGUCACUGGAUUUUUUUCAAUUGA